GGGCUUCUUGGGACUUUCGGACGGAUACUUGUGAACGCCCCCGCCCCAGAGCGACGACUUGAGCGUUUUAGCACUGAGCAUCAACCCACCAGCUCCCUGCUGGGCAAGCGCUUGCCGUCACUCAGAGUCGGAUCCACCCUGCUGACAGGAGUCGCGGGAGUCUGCCGGCACUUGAAUUUCUCUGUUCGCUGCGGCAGAGAAAAAGACAAGAGGGCUUGCGAAAGACGUUCCUGCCACGAUGUCCCAUCAAGCGGGACCUUCCGCUGCGGACUCCCCGGCGUUGGUGGUCACCACCACCACCGUGCAUAAAUACGCCAUGAAAAAGAAAGAGAUCCUGAACGCCGAGGAGAGUGAGCUGUAUGAGCUGAGCCAGGCUGCGGGCAUCACCGUGGACCAGGAGGUGUUCAAGAUCAUGGUGGACUUGCUGAAAAUGAACGUGGCCCCUCAAGCCGUCUUCCAGACUCUGAAGGCCAUGUGUGCCGGUCAGAGGGUCCCCGAAAGCUGCAGUGGAGACUCCACCGCGGCCUCCCAUGUCACCGGAAUCCCUUCGACCAAGGCAGAAGCUCGAGCUCAACAGGAUGAGAGUUUGAGCUCUGGGAAGAGUGCGAAGAUGCCCGCCGGUGCCCCCGCGGGGCCCGGGCCACGAGGCGCCAGGAUCAGCGCCAAGAUGGCGGCCUACGGCACCCAAGACGCCGGCGGCGCUCCUCAUGCUCAAGCAGCGCGAAGCAAAGCGGCACCGUCGUCGUCAGCGAACCCGGCCGAAAAGACUCGCGAGGCCUCUGGCCAGCGGGCGCAGCGGCAGCCCAGCGCCAGCAGGGGGCAGAAGACGAAGAGCUCAGGAAGCAGCAGCUCCUCUUCGCAGAUGUAAACACCGCCAGUACAGGUCAAUCGUCUCAAUACUCCACUAGUGCGUCAUCACUCCAUGACAGUUCUGUCGCAAACCAUUUCAGAGUUAGUCAUUCAAGACGUGUACGAGAUGUACAUUCCGUUCUUAGGUCGGCGUUUGCCAUCCUUUUUUGAGUGACAUAGAUGAAGAACAACAUCGAUUUUUGCUCGGCAAUCAUUCCUAGUUUCCAGACCCAUUCAUUGAAAAUGGAGAACACACCACACCACACCACCAAAUAUUGUCGCUGAGGCCGAAAGAAAAUAACUCGAUUGGAAGAAGCAUCUUUUCAUAAAAGGGAAGCAGACAGAAGUUGGAUGGCGUUCUUAUACAAUCACAAAAUUGCGGCUCCCGGAAAUGCUGAAUGGCAAGUUAAGUUCCUCAAGCAAAAAAGUGUCGCGGCACGCCUUGGUUCGGGAAUCGCUGCGCGAGGUUCUUCGUCAAAACAAUGUUCUCGCUCCGGCAGCAUUUACUGUGAGGGUCUUUGAAUAUUCUGCAACAUUGUUUUCAGAAUAAACUUUAAAAUGACAAUA